CGAUCUCUUAAUUGUUCAAUUCUGCGGGUUAACAGGCAAAUUCUUGUAAAUUGAGGUUGCGCAGUCGCAGUACUUGUACCCAUUAUGGUUGUGAAAAAAAAAUGUCCUUGCUCAGCGUUUGAGAUCAACAUCUCCGAGUUCGAUCUUCUUUAGACAGCCAUUGUUGAUAAUAGCUAACUAGGUGUGUUGUUAAUUCAUUCCAUUAGAAGGUUGAUGGUUCGAGAAAAAAAAUAUUUUCCAAUCGCGGCUCCCCUAUUAAUUUCCAACACGAGCCUCCAGAAGUUUCGGGGGACUUGCCCAGCUCUUUGUCCCCAUGUGCGCGCAAACUCAAGCGCAGACGCACAAACUUACGCAUGUACGACUGAACUUGCGCAGUCAGAUCUUCAGGGUGGAUAGAAGAUUGCAGACGAUUUAAUUUCGUCCAUUCUAUUAGUUAAAUUCGUGCACAUUUGUUAGAUAAUGUUAGAAUUCCCCAAAUCAAAGAUGGCCAUUGCCACAUUGUACGUCAUGACCAACAUCAAUAUGGCGACCAUGUUUACACAUAAAUUAUCUCCCACCAGUUUGCUAGACGUUGUCGUUGUUUUAGAUGCACAACUGGUGUGGCAACUGAGAUUUUAUAUAAGAACUAGUCGGAUGAAUACAAAGCGAUAUGAUGAUGAACGUACACAGUCUGUCAAAUAGUAUUUCUAUCAAUACAUCCCAGCUUAACGCUACCAUGAUGGACGAUGACAUCAGUGAUCCAAGCUCCCCGGAGAGUACUUUUGAUGCAUCUGAGCUACUGCAUGGUUCCGUGUCAGAUGAAGUAACAGCUCAACUAGCAGCAGCAGGAACAGUGGGAAUAGCUGCAGCAGCUGCCAUAGCAACCGGACGAAGAAAGGGCCAUCCACACCAAUUCGAAACAAAUCCAUCAAGACGAAAGCGGCAACAGACAAGAUUAUUACGAAAAUUAAAGAAUACUAUAGAAGAAUAUACAACACGUGUCGGACAACAGGCAGUUGUUUUAUGUUGUACACCUGGACGACCCAAUAGUUCAAACAGUUCAUUUAAAGUUUUUGGAUCUCAACCCCUAGAAAACGUGAUAAAGAGUACUAAAGCAGCUGUGAUGCAAGAUCUAGAAGCCAUGUUACAACAAGAAGCUCCACAGACUGGUGUUGAUACGUCACAUUUACAUGAGUUACCUCCCUUAGUUAUUGAUGGAAUACCAACUCAAGUUGAUAAAAUGACUCAGGCCCAGUUACGUAACUUUAUACCGGAGAUGUUGAAAUAUUCUACAGGUCGUAGUAAACCUGGUUGGGGUAAACCAGAAUGUCGUCCUGCGUGGUGGCCAGUUGAUCUACCCUGGGCUAAUGUCAGAUCUGAUGCUAGAUCGGACGAAGAGAAAAAACGAGUUUCAUGGACGGAAGCAUUACGUACUAUUGUAAAGAAUUGUUAUAAACAUCAUGGCCGUGAAGAUUUAUUGAGUGUAUUUAAUGAAGGUGUUGUACAACAAGCGACGGUUAAUUACGCCAGUACCAUGUAUCAAACUAUCAAUAAUCCAGAUGGUACUGUAUCGAUUAUACAUAUAGAAACUGGUCCUAAUGGUAAUCCCGUUGUAACUUUACCUGAUGGUACACAAGCUACUGUCGUACAUGCGAUACCGGGUCACACACAGCAAGAAGCAACCCAAGCUGUUCAAACAUUGGCUGAUGUAGCAACUAAUCAGGAGAUUGGUAAUCAUAUGACACCAGUCAGUGUAGAGAUGGCAGAUGGACAAGGUGGUGUGGCCACGUUAUCAGGGGCUACCAUUAAUCAGAACGGACAAAUUAUUCUCACUGGUGAUGCUUCUAUUGGAGGUAUAGUGACCAUUCCUGCUUCAGUUUACCAGACAGUGGCUACAAGUUUAGCAUCAAUAACAGAUGGCGUUCAACAAAACGUUCAAGUUGCUAUGGCACCAAUAACAUUAAAAACAGAAGUUCCCGAUGCCACUCAGGCCGUGGAAGUUUCAUCAAUGGACCAAUCGCAGAUUACCCGUAAUGCAACGUGACGGAGAUGUGUCAUGUGACAUUUUGUUAAAUAAUUUACAAAUCAUGUUUCAAGUGUUGAUGUUAAAUUCUAGUUUUGGACAUGUUUUAUUUCAUGUGGUUUUCCUGUAGGAGUUGCUGCUGGCAUGAAUGGUGCUGGUGCACCAAGAUUCUAUACAAUCUGACGAAAGUUGAUUCGCAUGGAUGAUGAAUGGUGCACCAAGAUUGUAUACAAAAUGCUGAAAGUUGAUACGCAGUUUAUACGCGUGGAUGAUGAAGGUCGAACAAGGUUCUAUAUGAAGUACAAGAUGACAUCGAGUUGAUACGCGUCUGUGAACUAACAGAUACGUACGUGCAAGAGUUACAGAAUCGUAUCUAGACAUUAUUUGAGAAAUCCUCCAAUACUGAAAUACUGUGAACAUUAAAUUAAAGGAGUUUAAGUUGUGUGAAAAAAACCAUCAUAGAGACUUUAAUUAUAAAGCAGUAGAUUGAUAUAUGAAAACCAGCCAUCUUCAGUUGUGUACAGAUAGUCUCAUCCUUCACCCCACAUUACAUGGACAGUGUUGAUUAAUGAGAGAGAGAGAAAUGGGGUUUAAAGUCCACUGGACACAAACUAGGUCAUUUCAAGACUAACAUAUGGUUCAAUUUUAUUUCAAUAAUUCGCUUGCAUGUAGGGGUCUUUAGCAGUGGGAGGAAACCGGAGGACCAGGAGAAACCCCAUGAGGUUGGACAGGCGAUCCUACUCCUUGUCACAUACAACCGGGGAAUCGAAACCAGACCAGUUGACUCAAUGACAGACCUUAUCAUGUAACAUGCACAUGCUAACCAUUCGGUCACCUUGAUUAAUAGAGUUAUAUACUCCAGGUGUGAGGGGCGGGGGGAGGAUCCACUGGUUUUCAUGCAAUACUAAAGACCCCUACACAGAAGCAAAUUAUUGGAAUAAAAUUGAACCAUAUGUUAGUCAAGGGAACGUUAAACCCCAUUUAACUCACGCAUUCUCGUCUAGGUGUUUUAUCACAUGACAUUUGAUUGAGGGAACAUGUCACAUGAUGCUCUCGUAUUAGUUGAUAUUCGUGAAUCUUCCGUCAAAACGUCCCUGAAUAUUAAUCUAUUUAUACAGCGUUGUAGAAAUCCUCACAAAUUAAAUGCCACUGACAGUUUCUGCAAGAUAAAAUGCAGUUUGUGGAAAAAUAUUUAAAAUUGAAAUGGGGGUUCAAUGUCCUAAUUGACCCAAUUUCGUUGAUAAAAAACAGUCUUGCCAAAUAUGAAGUAUAUGUGUGGUGAUUACAGUCAUAAGCAUUAAUUUUUUAACUUUAUAGUUGAUCAAUAUUCUCUCAUCGUAAACCAUAGGAUAAUAAUAGUGUGUUUGAUUCAUUGUGACCCUCAGACAGGACAGUUGAAACAGCAGUUCAGGGUCUGUUUGAUUCACUGUGGCAGGACAGUGGGAACAGGAAUUCAGGGUCUGUUUGAUUCACUGUGACAGGACAGUGGGAACAGGAAUUCAGGGUCUGUUUGAUUCACUGUGGCAGGACAGUGGGAACAGGAAUUCAGGGUCUGUUUGAUUCACUGUGACAGGACAGUUGGAAUGUUCAGUGCAUGUUACAGUUCCACUCUGUGACUUAUUAAAGUAAUAUAAACAUUAGUUUAUUGUUUAAUAUUAUUCACCAGAUGUUUUAAAAUAUACUUUUAUUAUUUAUCAUUGACCUGUCAAUAUAAACCAUGUCACACUGAUCAGCAGUGAAUAUUCGCUAGGCCGCGACAAUCACUGAUAAGGAUGACAUUGAUGCGACUUAAUGAGCCACAAAUAUUAACUCUUGUCCUUUGACAAAUUAAAUUCUAAAACAUUUUUUUUUAUGUAUUAGAAAAAUAAAUAAAGACGUUUGAAGUAUUUGUAGGUAAAAAUUAUUUCCUAUUUUAGUGUAAAUGGGUAUUAAAAUGAGUAAACGGUGCCAUUCUGUUCGAAUCAGUAACGUCUUAUGUAAAUGCAGGUGCCAUUGAGCCAAUGAUUUACGUCGCUUGAUAUUAGGUCAUGUGUUGAAGGCAGUCAUCUUUUACAGAGAUAUUAGAUGAUUUUCGUAAUACUCUGUGACCUUGUCACAUGACCACACAAUGACGAAAUGACAAAUGAAUACAUGUGAUGUAAGGGAAGUAAUAAAUAUGUGAGUAGCUGACAUAUUUUCAGCCUAGAUAAAAACCUCCAGAAAACUCAUUUCUCUCUCUCCAAUCUUUUGUUAGGCCACAGAGUUCACAAAGCAUUCUCACACUUAAGUUAAGAAUUUACCCAACUUUUAAUCACUGUUUAUGAGAAAUAUAUUUGAUCCACAAACACGAAAAAUAGCAUAAAGUUCCUCAUUGAUGUAUUUGAUACAUUAAAACAACAAAAGUUUUAUAAAGGGCUAUAUUUUAGUUAAAAUAAGGUGAACAAUUUUGAGUAAAUUCUUAACUGAAGUCCGAGAAUAUUUUGUGAACAUGGGUCCUGAAUGUAUCAAUAAUAACAGAUUUUAAUGGCGGAACUUAACAUCUAUUUACAAGUACUCCAAUCGAAACUGGCAAUCUAUUGUCAUCACAGACCUAGGACUAUAUUAAACAUACAUUAUUCAAGAGCUAAAUCUGUCUAUUGAUGGUCUUUCUAAAGGCCUGAAAUGUUAUAUAAACUAUUAAUUAGACAUUUAUAAACUCAUUCAGACCAUAAUUGACUUUUUCGAUUUCAUCUUAUGUGUAGGAUUUUCACUGGAUUGGAAUCCAUGACUGCUGCUCAAUGCUCAUUGAUGAUUAAAUCAAAAAUUGGAUAAUCGAGACUAUGUUUUUUAUCGGACCGACUUUAGUAAUGAUGAUCGAGUAUAGGCUUAAAAUAUUUAAGAUAAUAUCUCGGUUCAGAGUGGAGCAAUUUGACCAAAAUUUUCAAACAUCUUCUAUUUACGUUAUCUAUUUUUUAACUAUUAUAGCGAGAACUUUAUCUGAUCUCCCAUGUUUAAUAUGAUUAAUACAAUGUGACGUCAUCUGUUUACGUUAUCUAUAUUUUAACUAUAAUAGCGAGAACUUUAUCUGAUCUCCCAUAAUGCAUGUUUAAUCAUAGUGAUUAAAUAACCAGGUUUUCACAUUGUCGGAUAUUUUUAUGUUGAUAUAAGUGGAUGUAUAUUUAUCCCAAUAAUUUAAGAAAAUGGCUGUUUGUCAUGUACGAAAUUAACCCAAUGCUUGAUUUAGACGAUGAGUGGUUCUCCGAAUACUUCACGCUUGCAAAAUACAAGUGUCUUUUAAACAAAAUUGAGCUAAGUCCAGUAUGGUGGACAUGUAAGACUCCUGUGGGACUAUAUUAAUAUUAUUUAUAUUGGGCCAAGCCGUUUGUUCUUCUGUUCUUCCAGGUCCUGAUCAAACAAAUAGCCACUUGAAAUAUAUUAAAUUAUUUUUUUUAAAAUUUCAUAACUUUGAAGGAAAAGCUUUUGAACAGAACUUUUGGUUUUUAAUAGUCAUUUACCUGAAGAUAAGGAAAUCUUUACAGGUUUUGCCAAGGGAGAGAACUAGUAUGAUCUAUGAACUACCAUGUGACUAGAUCAAAGAUGGUGUUAUUAUUAUUAUUAUUUAAUGUAUGUUCAUAUUCACCCAGCUGUAUAUAGAAUAUUGUUUACUCUUUAACAUUUAAUAAAAUCAUAUUUA